UGCUUUGACGGUGCAGUCGCGUGCGCUUGCAAAAUGGCUGGCCAAACGCGCCAAAAUACGAGCUCAAAUACUUGCUUUAAUAUAUAUAGUGUAUUACUGUUUAGUUAAAAGAUUACGUGCCAAAGUCUAUUAAUAAUGAAACGAUUAAAAUGCUUACGAAUCGUAUCGGAUGUUUGGUGUUUGUAUGUUUAAUGUUAAGUUGUGAUGCUUUGAAGAAUAAUAAGUUUAAGAGGAAAGUGGAUAUUAGGACGAACAAUUUAGUAAAUAAAACAAGUGACAGUAAAAAUUUGACUGAAAACGGCAGAGGUUUUUUAUAUCCUGCUGGACUGUUUUCGUUAGGCAAAGUGCUGAACUUUUUCCCAGUGGGAGACGAGCGUGAAUGCAAGCCUUCUACAUUCACCAUCGCCGGUGCAGGCAUCUGUCUCAACCCUUACGACUGUCGACAGAGAGAUGGCAAGGCCUCAGGGGAUUGCGCUCAUGGACUCGGAGUCUGCUGUGUUUUCGAGGUGUCAUGUGGCGCCACGGUACAGAACAAUCUGACCUACUUCAUGUCACCACGCUUCCCAGAACUGUGGUCUGGUGAUGAAAACUGCACCAUACACAUUGAGAGGACGCACGCCGGCAUCAUGCAACUCAGAAUCGACUUUCUUCAUUUCACAAUAGGUCAACCCAACAGAACUACGGGGGCGUGUGACGAAGACGUCAUGGUACUGGGGGAGGGAGAUUCCAACUUUACAUUAUGCGGGCAGAACCACGGGCAACACGUAUACUACAAUCUUCCGAGUACGGUGGAGUCUCGUGAAGCCGGGGAACUCCCCAACAUUAAGUCCACUCCUCUUGUUAUUCGUAUGCGUGGGUCUGAUAUGCCCAGGAUAUGGCUGAUGAGAUUGGCUCAGAUGCCACUUGCUCAUUCCAGUCCUCACAACUGUUUGCAGUAUCACAUAGACAAUAAUGGCACUAUAAAGACAUUUAACUUCGCGUCCAACGGGCGUCACCUGGCGUCUCAGGAGUAUCGCGCGUGUGUCAGGCGGAACCUUGGCUUUUGUUCUGUUCGUUACACACCGUGUGACUCUCGCUCCUUCAGGAUAGGACCGGACCCGAACCCUGGGGCCGCAUCAAACUUGGGCUCGGACCCAGCCGCUGGUUCAACUGAACCCACGAUGCCAGUUAAUGACUCUGAAGAAGAGGAGGGCUCUGGAGCCGAACCUCAAAUUAUUGACUCAUCCAGUACAAGGCCGGGUAUCGUGAGCCGGAUCUGGGGUUAUAUCUGGGGCUCCUCGCAGCGUUCAUGGCGCUGGUCUCCGUACCUCCAGCACCAGGACGUGCUUCACUACUACGGGUAUGGACCAGCAGGUUUCGGACGAAGACGCUGCACAGACAGGAUCACUAUACCCUGUGAGAAUGAAUACUUCCUGCCGUCACCGUCGUGGUCGAUGGGUGUGUGUGACCCUCAUCGCUGUGGGUCCUCACUGUGCGCGGGGAGUUCCGGCUCAGACUGUUUGGUGGAGUCCUCGGUGACGCCGUUCGCGGUUUCUGUCCAUUUCGGUCCGCCCACCCCCAAACAGAACCCAGACCUCAAUUUAGGAGCCUGCUUGAGAUACCAGCAGUUGCCUUGUGAAACCUAGACGUAUUGGACUGGCAACUUGAUAAGAUUCUGACACAUUAAUCUUAAAGAUUAUUAAAGGAAUUAAAUUAAAACAUGAUAGUUUAAGUCCUUGUAUAAUACAUUUGUUUCUAUACACAGUUUCUUCAUAUAAAAAUGCACAUUUAAAAAAAAUAUACAAUUUAGAACAAACUAUUGAACAUCGAUGACGUCACUGUGACGAAAAAAUAAUUAUAUUUAUCUUAGUUUAUAAGAUACAAAAAAAAUUGUGUUUCUUGUAUAUUAAAUAUGAAAUUGUUAUUUGUAAUAUAAUAUUAUAGAAGUUAAUUGAAAUCAAUGUAAAUAAAAAUGUAUUAUAAAUAUUUAUUUUUAGUUAGGAAUUGUAAAAACAUAAAAAGUUUAAGUAUAAGGAAUUUUUUGUAAUAAAUAAAA